AUGGAUAUUAAAGAAGAUAAGAAAAUUUCGGGAACUGAAACUCUGGAAUGUAGGCUGCAGUCAUCGAAUGAUUUAAAUUGCAAGCCUAUAUCAGAUUCAGUCUGCAAUGCUGGUGAGUAUUUGAAAGGUGUUGUUAGGGCACCUACAACUAUCAGGGACUUUGAAAGCAAUGUCCCAGUUAGGAAGAGGGUGGGCAACAAGAAUAGGGUGAAAGGAAGAGCAGGAUCAGCUGUUGUGGUCAAGGCAGACUCCUUUGAAUCAAUAUCUGGCCAAAGUGGAGUUAAGUAUGACUACCAGGAACCCAAAAAUAGAUCUGCAGAUAAGGUUGGGAAACAUCGAGUAAGAAGUAUUCAGAAGGAUGGUUCAAUUAAUAAUGAGGAUGGUGCCUUGAGCACAGGUAAGAAGAUUCCUGCUUCGUUGGUAGCCAAUUCUGAUAUUUCUGAAGGUGAGACGGUUUCUAGAGGAUCCAUAAAUCCUUUGAGUUGUAAAUAUGUUCUGAAAUCUACAUCUGGAGAACAGGAUGAAUCGAGAAUGUCUCCUGCUGUAAAUAAGGUAUCAUUGCAAGGUAAAAAGAAGUUAAAAGGGAGUAGAAGUAGUGUGAAAUUAGAUUCAAAUUUAGCUGAGGAAAGUUUGAGAAGUGGUGUUUUUUCUGCUACUAAAAGCAAAUUGACUGUGAAGAAGGAUUCCCGUGAAGUCCACAGCAGUCAUAAAGAUGUGGCUGACACAAGAUCAGAACAUUUGGAUAUCCUGAAGCAAUCACUGGAGAAGCCUUCUGACGAUUGGUCAAAGAACUCUAAUCUUGAGACUAUCAAGGAAAAGGAUGCAUCUGUUGAUAAAUACAAAGAGAGAUCAAGUAGUAGAAAGUUAAAUAACCAGGUAAAUUCUGGAACAAAUUUGAAGGAGGCCCCACCUGAUGCCCUGCCUCCUGAUAAAGGACUCAUCUCCGAGACUGAACAGACCCCUGUGGCUGGUGUUCUCAUAGAAGAACAUUGGGUUGCUUGUGACAGGUGUCAGAAGUGGUGUCUUUUGCCAAUUGGUACUGUGCCCCAGAAUCUGCCUGAUAAGUGGGUUUGCAGCAUGCUAAACUGGCUGCCAGGGUUGAACCGUUGUGACAUCAGCGAAGAUGAGACCACAAAAGCUCUUUAUGCUUUAUACAAGGUUCCUUUCCCUGAUAAUCAAAGUAAUCUUCAAACUCAUGCUGACAAAAUCACAAAUGGAGUGGCUUCAGGUGGUGGACAUCGUUUCAGUCAGAACCACCAAAACUUUGAUUCCGAUCAAAUUGCUGAUGAGGGAAAGAAGAAACGCAAAUUUAAAGAAACACCAAACACUGACGGUAUCAGUGAUCCAAUUCCUUCUUCAAACUUGAACCAAAACUUCCAACUGCAGCCAGUGAGAAACAAAAGUCUAAAGGAGGUCAAAGUAGCACCGAAUUUAGUUAACAAAUCUAAUAUGAAAUAUCGGAAUAAGUCAUCUGCUGUCAUGGCAAAAUCUUUGUAUAAACGAAAAAAUGAGCAUUUAGUUGGAGAUGAUGCAAAUCCAAGGAAGAAAAGAAAGAGGGAGUCUGAUCAACAAGCGGAUUUGAAGGAUAAGAAAAAACUGAGGGUACUUGAUUCAAGAUCGGGGGGGAGAGAGAACUUACAAAUUUCUGGGGAAGAACAGAAAGAUAAUGUGCAGAAAUUAGCGGAUAAUGGGUCCCUGGAUACGAUUACUUGCAAUAAGAGGGAAAUUUCUUCAAAGAAGAGAAAAUUGAAGGAUUCUCAAAGCAGUGAGGAAUAUCAACUGACACAGCAUAGUAAUAAAAGUGACCUUCAAAACAGCAAGCUAUCUGUAAAAGAGGUGAGCAGCAAUAGUGGAUUUCAUAGAGAGAAGUCCAGGGUGUCUCGGAUUGAUGGGGAGGAGUUCAGCAAAAAAAAUCCACUUGACAGGAGUAUUGAGAAAGAAUGGCAGGCAAGGAAAUACAGAGCAAAGCUUCCAGUGCAGCUAACCAUGGAUGAUAUAGAAUCACUGCGGAAGGAUUUGGGCUCUGAACUGUUAUCAGUGGCUGCCACUUCAAGCUCCUCUAAGGUUUCAGAUUCCCGUAAAAGCAGAGGCAAUUGCAAAGAAGUCAAAGGAUCACCUGAAGAGUCUGUUUCCUCAUCUCCCAUGAAGAUGUCUUAUCUGAAUAAGCUCCGACCAGCGAGGAUGGAGACUAAAGAUAAAGUAGACUCUAGGCUCAAUGACUUCCCCACAAUGGGAAGCCCAAGGAAAUCUCUGGAUAGGAAUGGAAAUUCUGAGAGCAAUUGCUUGGGGACGGCCAGGAAGGGGAAAGCUACCAGUGGUCUUCCUGAGCCUUCUGAACACCCUGUCCUAGAUUUUCGGGACAGUGUCUCUAGAGACAAAUUCAGUGGAAAAUCUGAAUCAGGCACUAACCCUCCUGAACAUGGCAAUGGCUCUUUUGUUGGUAAUGAUGGUGAUAUAAUGGAACAACAUAGCCUCUGUACCACCAGUGUGCGUGUUUCAGAACGAAGCCAUAACAAGGAGAGGAUGAACAAGAACCGUUUUAAAGGGUGUACCUCUUUGCUGCCUAUGGAUAACGAUAGAACAUCUGGUGUUAAUUUUGAGAGAGUGGCAGAGAGGGUUUCCAGUCAACAGAUUGACCUGGAACGCUUGGAUACAAAUAAAAAUUUGAAAGAAGGGGCAGUUAUUGAUCACAACUGUCAAGGAGAUAAGCAAGACAAGUUGCCUCCUAGCAAAUCAGUCCCAGGAUCUCUGAAAGGAAAUUUUACAGAUUUAAGUCCACUUGAUACUUCUGUAGUUGGUGAUUUGUCAAAGGUAUCAGAAGAGCCAGCUAACACUUGUCAUCAGCAUGGAACUAAUAACUUCAGUGGAAAUAUUGUGGCUGAUGUGGCUUUGAGUCGAAAUAUUAGUGCUGUUAGCCUUGGUAGCGAGAAUUCCUCCAGUCUGACUCUAACUAGUGUCUUGAAAGAAGCUAAAAAACUCAGAGAUUAUGCUGAUCAUCUCAAGGACUCUGGAUUUCCUUUUGAAAGUAAUGAGGCAUACUUCAAAGCUGCUUUAAAUUUUCUUCUCGGUGCUUCUCUUUUAGAGGCAUGCAAUGGUGAAACUAGCAAGUAUGGGGAGAUGAAUCAAAUGCAAAUGUAUAGCAGUACUGCCAAACUUUGCGAAACCUGUGCCCUUGAAUAUGAAAAACGCCAAGAAAUGGCUGCUGCUGCACUGGCCUACAAAUGCAUGGAGGUGGCUUACAUGAGGGUAGUUUAUUGCAAAAAUUCGAGUACAUGUGAAUCUCCAUCAUCUUCUGCAUCUGACAUUGAUAACUUGAACCAUUUAAUGGUGGAUAAAGCUGUUUUGUCUAAAGGAAAUGGUUCUCAAGCUGGGAAUCAAGUUAUAGUUCCUCGAAACCACCCCAACCUUGUUUGGCUACUUGACUUUGCUAAAGAUGUGAAUUCUGCAAUGGAGGCUUCCAGAAAAUCCCAGAACGCUUUUGCAGCGGCUAAUGUGAACCCAGAAGAUGCUCAGAAUAAAGAGGGUAUCAUUUCUGUUAAGAGGAUCAUCGACUUCAGCUUUCAGAAUGUAGAGGACCUUGUACAUUUGGAGGCCUUUGAAGUCAUCUACAACAAGGGUGUUGCUGGAAGUUCUAGUGCAGAACUUCUUCCCUCGUUUUGUGAUAAAAUUCUCAAAAAUGGUGGGAGUGAAAAAUUGAGUGAUGAAGCCAUUGAAGAGACAUUGGAGAAGGUGGUAAAACUGCUUGCUUAUAUUAGUGAUAAGGAUCUUUUUGCUGAAUUCCAUAGGAAAAAGCUUGCAUGGUGGCUAUUAUUUGGUAAGAGUGCCAGAGAUGAGCAUGAGAGAAGUAUCCUUGCAAAGUUGAAGCAGCAAUGCGGUGGUCAAUUUACUUCAAAAAUGGAGGGAAUGGUGACAGAUUUGACAUUAGCAAGGGAAAAUCAAAUGAGCUUUGAGGAGUACUCAGCAAUAAUGUGA